AUGAACAUCCAAUACAGACCCGCCAGCUUUGGAUCCCAGGAGCUUGUCGUCAGACCCGAAAAACUGGUGGACUUGGAUGCAGAAAGCAGAGGACUCUACCUAGAUCGGCUUACCAUGCAAGUCCUAUUUCAUGAGCCUUAUGGGGUUCUGGAUGACUUUUGUGAGCUACAGAUAGAAGGAAGCAUGAGUAGACUCGAGAUGAGAUACGGGACGGGAAAUUCCGGUCGCUGGUUGUCCAUUCCGAGCCAGGAGGAGUGCAUAGAUCCUAUGUUUACUGUUGUUAAUACAUCAGGCACAGGAGCUGAAGGCAACUCUGGGAUGUCAAAUGCUCUACAGGCCACUGAAGUCCAUCCAUUUGGUUCAAUCUUACAGUCUUGGAUCUCCAUUCUUGCUCAUGAAGAAGCAUUUUUCAGACUUUCAAUCUGGGUGCUCAAAAAUCUUCCAACAAAUCACCUUUUGAACAUAGAGUUGGGCAUCAAUUCUGACACAUCAAGAUUUAUACUAUCCGGCCAUCUCCAGAUACCAGGGAUCUCUUCUCCAAUCUGGGUCAGCAUGCCAAUGUUUACUCAGGAAGCGUAUAAUUGUUAUGGUCAUGAAGUCCACAAUUUUGAAGCUUCAUGUCAUUUUGCAAGCAUACAGGACCUUUUUCUCAAAGCAGAGCAGAUUCAGCUGCACAAUUUGCAACGCACAACCCUACGCAAUAGUUGCAUGGAUUUGAGUCUGCCAGCUACCUUGCCAACUGCUGUGAGGUUCACUUUCAGGAGACGCAUGCCCGCCAGUUGUCAGCCUCCAGAUUGGGAUGAUAUGAUGUGGCACUUCUCAAGGGGGUAUCUAGCACAAGACAUUGAAGUCUCAAAGAAAGAGAACCAUUGGGAUUGA